AUGUCCAUUGAACUGCACACGGCAACGACGAUGCUAAUUCCAGCCUUGCCCCAUCGCCCGCGCAGCCCUUUACGUCCACCGGACAGCACAUCUCCGUCACGCCGGGAAUACAACCGACGACUUGUUGGUGCCCGUAUCGGACAGCUGCCGAGACGCCCGCUGCGUUCGGAACCGACGGUGGAGGCGGCAGCUCGCCUUUCUGCUGCUUACGCCCUCGGCAUUCUUACACCACACCGGGGUCUGCCGAAGACCCAAGCCGGCACAAUUACGUCUCCGCUUCGGAUCCAGUCCAUCAUAUCCCCUCCCGAUCCGUCGGAUACUGAUGAAGGUGCCAUAAACGCGUCUGUCGCAUCAGCCUCCAAGCGCAAGUUCGAAGACGCUUUCGUUUCCCAGGUGGAUAUUCCACCGGUUCCACCCAACACCACACCACAGGCGCAUUAUCCGCCUCCGCUCGGGGGGCUAUCGGGACUGUCAGCUGCUGGCACGAGCAACGCAGAUGUAGCGGGCGCAACAGCCAGGAGCCAGGAGUUUGCCGUGACGGCGGCCGCCAGUGAUGAGCCCUUUAGGGUUGCGGGAUUCGCAGUCAUGGCCAGCAGCGCAGACGAGAAAAAGGUCGGCGCCGUCCUGAAGCGGCCGCCGAUGCGGUCGAGCAUCGCGUGCCUAAGGUGCCGGAAAUCAAAGAUCAAGUGUGACAACUUCGGCGGCAGCUCGCCCUGUGACGGCUGCGUGAAGACGGGGAAGGAAUGCAGGUACCCGGAUCCGACCUUUCUGCCGCCCAAGAGGCUGGAUCCCCCUAUGACGGUGAAGCGUGAGGGCGAGGCAGCGCAGUCGGAGCGCAAGCGGCUCAAGCGGCUGGACGAGAGCCCAAUCACGACCACCUCGAGCGCGUCCAGAUUCGGGGCCGAGAUCUUGGCCGCGCCGUACCUGACCGAGACGCUGUGGAUACAAUGUUUCGACAUCUUCAAGCUUCACUUCGCCACCGAGCUGCCUUUUCUCCAUGUGCCGACACUCAAGUGGUACUGUGGCUCGCCAAAGAACCGGGGGAGCGACAGGCCGGGGGACUCGGACGUCAACCUUGUCCUGCUUGGGAUGCUGACCCUGACGGCGCGAUUCCAUCCCGAUCUUGUCAAGUACAUCGCGCAUUCCGUUGCCAAUCAGCAAGGCGGGAGCGCCAAGAACCGUUCGAUCCAAAUACGCUCCGACGGCUCGACAGCAACGGCUGCCUCGGAGUACUUUGCCGACAUUCUUGCCAAGUCAUUGGGACCCAUGAGGAGUUGCAUGGCAGUGGCGUCGGUCGAACGCGUCCAGGCCUUUCUGAUGCUGGGCCUUUAUGAAUGGAGCCAGGCCAAGCCCAGCACAGGCGGGCUUGGCGCGUGGAUGUACGUCGGUAUCGCGAUACGUAUGGCACAGGCCCUGGGCUUGUGCUUUGGAGACCGGAUACAGGAGGCGAAACCGACGCUCGUACCUGUCCAGGCGGAGCCGCAGCACCACGGCGGCAAGCGCAAGCGGAUGGCAGAGUCGGAUGCACCGAUCGCCGAGCUGGUUACAGCGAAGGAGGUCAGGAGACGGACCAUGUGGAGCUGUUUCAUUCUGGACCGCAUGCUGUCGUGCGGAAAGGAGAGGGUCUCUGCCAUCCGGUCUGGAGAUAUGAAGAUCCAGCUGCCUUGCUCCGAGAUGGACUUUGAUUUUGCCGAGGAGUCACUGACCGGUUUUCUCACCACCACCGACGCGGAACGCGCAAGCAAAGGUUACCGGGACAACCUUUUGGGAUGCUUUAUCAAGCUGGUGGGUAUAUGGGGCGAGAUCUCCGAGUACAGCUUCGCCGGGGGGAGAGCUGUGGACGGAGAAUCGCCUCCCUGGAUGGAGAGCACCACUUUUGCCCAUCUCGAUCGGAGGCUUGAUGAGUUCUACGCGGCGCUGCCACCCGUCCUCAAGCUCUCGCGCGCCAACUAUCUCAAACACGAGAACCACCAAGGAUCCAGUUCAUACGUGUCGUUACACAUGCUCGGCUGCAUCUGCCAGAUCAUGCUCCAUCGCGAGUACAUACCCUUCAUCCCCAUCCGUUGUUCCGGUCCCGUCGGCCCACUUGAUGCAAAGACGUUUCCCGAGGGGCACUACCAGGUACCCGAGGACUUCUGGCUACGCAGUACCGAGAAGGUGUUCCGGUCGGCCCGGGAGAUUGUGGAUCUGAUCGAGACGUGUCAGAGCCGCGACAAGCUUCCCAUGUCCGGGCUCGUCCUCUUCGCCGUCUGGACCGCUGCUUUUGUGGGAAUUUACGCGUACCACUUUCCACACAUGGACACCGAGGACCACAUGCUGGCCGACGAGGACACCGACGACAACGAACUCGGCGGUGGCCCGGAUGACUCGAGCGGAGGGACGGGAGAAGGCGGUGGCGGGACCGUCACUCCCGCGGGAGACGGCGGCGGGAUCACCAAAUCGGGGCCCUCCAGCGUGACAUUCCACACGCUCGCCAAGAUGUACAGCUCGCUCAAGAUGGCAGGGACAUACAACAUGUACUUUCUCGAAAUGGAUCGGUACUAUCAGCAGACCAAGAGCGACUACCAGGCGGCGGUCCAGGGCGGCGGCGGGGAAGCUGGUGCGCGCGUCGCGCCCGUGGGUGGUGGCCUGAAGGAGUGGCAAGAGGAGAGCUCCAAGGUGGUCAAUAACGGUGUUAUAAUGGCCGUCGAGGACAAGUCGCUAGCUGCCGUCUCCUACGAUGACCGCGACUCUCCCAACACCACCGGAGGACCUGAAGUCUACGACGACAAUGGGCCGGGAGCGGGCCGACAGCAGUCGCAGCAACAGCCACCACAGAGGCCUGCUUCGUCGCUUUCCUUUACGCCCAUCAACAGCGCGAGUGCCCCGAUUGGGAGCGGAGCGGCCCACGGCGGCGGCGGCAUCGGUUUCACCAGCACCAACCGACUUGGCACGCCCGGAGAUGAUGCGGCAGGUCCAGCGACAGGCGCGGGAGCGUGGAGUCGACAGCAGCAACAGGCGGCCUUGGCACUGCAGCACCAUCACCACCGGCAGCAGGCGCAGGCGCAGGCACACCCCCAGUCUCCCAUGCAGAUCUCCAACUACCUCGAAGCCAACGAGAACAAGAGGUGGGAGGACAGCUCCCCCGGGAUCGGGCACUUCUCGGGUCGGGACACCAACGACGAGUGGACAUCGACAGGACAGCCCCCGGUCUACGGGCUCUCAUCUCCCGGGCCGUAG